CUGAUGACUUAUCAACACCAAGAGCUGGGAUGGCUGCGAAAUAAAGACCGCGGCAAUGAAUAUUUAUACAUUAGUAACGGAUUUAUUAACCAAUCCAAAACAUUCCCUAUGGAUUGCGCCUCUGCUAGUUGCGGCAGACGCCGUUCUUUCUGGGUUGAUCAUCCAGAAAAUACCCUAUACCGAAAUUGACUGGACAACUUAUAUGCAACAAAUUGUCUUAUACCAAUCCGGCGAACGCGAUUAUACGGCGAUCAAAGGCGACACAGGCCCGCUGGUUUAUCCGGCAGCGCACGUCUACAUAUACUCAUUUCUACAUAGAUUAACGGACGGGGGGCAUGAUAUUGCCUUUGGGCAACUCAUAUUUGCUUGCAUCUACUGCGCGACUUUGAUGACUGUCAUGACUUGCUACACGCGACUUCGUGCACCACCGUAUCUACUCCCUCUUCUCGUCCUAUCCAAGCGCCUGCAUAGCAUCUAUCUGCUGCGAUUGUUCAACGAUGGAAUUGCUGCGAUGGCCAUGUGGCUCUCGAUAUUCCUCUUCCAGCGACGGCAAUUCACAGCCGCUGUUACAAUCUGGUCAUUGGGGGUUAGCAUAAAGAUGUCGUUGUUAUUACUCGCUCCAGCAAUUGCGGUUAUAAUCGCACUUUCUGGGGGGAUUGGCCUCGCCAUACCUCUUGCGAUCAAUGCAGUUUCUGUACAGGCGCUUCUUGGAUUGCCUUUCCUUCGGGAGAACGCUGGUGGCUACCUGUCUCGAGCGUUCGAACUAACAAGACAAUUCUUCUUCAAAUGGACCGUCAACUGGAGGUUCGUAGGGGAAGAAACAUUCCUAUCUAGCGCUUUCUCCUUGAACCUUCUAGCCCUACACGCCAUUCUGCUAUUUGUAUUUGUGGCCACCCGAUGGAUUCGCCCAUCCCGCGAGAACCUGGGUUCUUUCACGGUGAAAUUCCUUAAAGGUCGCCUCCCAAGCCCUGUGCUAUCCGAUCGUUUUAUCACAAAGACAAUCCUCACGUCACUAGUGAUCGGCAUGCUCUGUGCGAGAUCACUGCAUUACCAGUUCUUCGCGUACCUUGCCUGGGUCACACCGCUCUUGCUUUGGCAAUCGAGUGUUCACCCAAUCUUGAUAUACAUCAUAUGGGCUGUCCAAGAAUGGGCCUGGAAUGUGUACCCCAGCACCAGUACCAGCUCUAUCGUCGUUGUGCAUUGUCUGGCCGCCCAGGUUGUAACCGCUUGGAUAAAUUAGCGGAGGUUGGAGUAGGAAAUAAUCCCGAAUUGAGCGUAGCGCAAUAGUAUAGAACUUCCAUAUAUGGAAAGACUUUAUUCAUCCUCUUCCUCCGAUGACGGCA